CAAUGAAAAGUGUUGCCGUGGAAUUUGCUAUUUGAUCUUGAACUAUUUGUUCUUUUUAAAAGCCUCGAAGUCAUUGUUUUAGCUAUAUAACAUAGAAUACACGCAAUAUUUAUAUUGAGUGCAGAUGGAGUGUGUUUUAAUGUCGAAUUAUGACUAAAGCGAAUUGUGUUCGUGCACCACAAUUUAAACAGUACAGUUAGAGCCGCAGCAGCAAUCUUCCCUUUUUGUUUUAAACUAAACAUAAACAAAUACCGUGGACACCAUGGUAACCGUAACAUCUAUAACCUCAAUAUUUGAUCGAUACAAAAAUUUUAUAACAUGCAUUAAACUAUAGCAAUGCUGUAUUAUUUAUAAAUAACUGAAAAACUAAGAGAUUCAAUUUUUUAUUUCGUAGGAAGUAAUAAUGAUAUACCUCUCUCGCUGAUUCCUGGCCCACGAGACCGGCUGCCAUUUGAAUAGGAACACCAUUUUCAUCUAAACCCAAGCCUUUGACAUGGCUGUGGGCUGAUAUUCUUUGAGUCUUUGCAGUGCUUUUUACUUCUUCUAUUUUCAUUUUCCUAGUAUCACAAAAAUUAUUUCUCUGAACAAUACAAUCAACUUCCUGCUUUCUCUACUGAAUGAGUGAAACGAACGACAAAUUAACGAACGAAGAAUGACGAAUGACCACAGACUUUACGAAACGGAUGUAUGAUUGAAUGUGAUGAAAUUUAAAGGGGUACUUAAACAUGCCAUAAGCGCCUUAAUCGAUCGAUCAUAACAACAUGUUCAGUUUUUUUUGGUUUUUUCAAGAUGUUGUGAAUGGUUGAUGUCUGAACAGCGUCUAUAUCUAGCCACAGUAUCGCGCUUAAUCAUUAAAACUGCUUGAUUUAUAAAUCUAUAAAUAAUGUAGAUUAAAUAGCAAUUUUCUUGAACGCAGCCAUUGUUAGAUGUCAAAACCAGCUGUAUUAUACGACCAAAUCUUAUACAUUUUUUCAGAUUCAUUUAUCUUUGUCUUUCACAUGUAACUCAUAUGGGUUAGUGCUUGUUUUUCAUUAUGAUAGACAAUCAAUGCUAAAAUGGAAGUAUAGUACCAUUGGAAAAUUGCUUGAAUUUUGCGAUUGUGUACCUAUUUAUUUAUCUUAUAAUAUUCGCUCUUUUUUUCGAGAGCUGUCUGCUGCAGCUGCUAUUACUAAUAAGUUACCAUUGCUACUGUGAUUAUGUUUUAAAGCGGUUCUUAGUCUAAUAAUUUGAUAAAAAUUGUGAUCCUGUGAUGGAGUAUACAGCACAGAAUUUGGAAUAUGCCGUUUCUGUGUUUUAUAACGGGGAGCAGGUCGAACGGGCCAGAGCUCAUGCAUGGCUCACUGCUGCUCAAAGAGUACCCGAAGCCUGGAAUUUCGUCUGGGAGCUUCUUCAGCCAACCAAGGGAACUGAAAUACAAUUUUAUGGUGCUACCACUCUGCAUACUAAAAUCUUGAGGUGUUGGAAUGAAGUACCUCCUGAAAGCUAUGAGGAAUUGAAAGAGAAAAUUUUGCAAGCUGUAUUUACAUAUUCAAAUGGUCCUAAAAUUGUUACCAAUAGAUUAUGCAUAAGUUUAGCAGCAUUUAUAUUGCAGCAAGGCACAACAGAUUUAGCAACCUUACUAAGACCACUAUCAGCAGCUGAAAAUAUGUCUUUAUUACUGGAGGUUCUAACUGUGAUACCUGAAGAAUACAAUAGCAUGACCAUGGGGUCUGCACUUCGUGCCAAGAAUCGGGCAUCUCUGCAUCAAGCAUGCCCAGCAGUUUUGAGUGAUAUGCUCAGAUACUUGCAGACAGUUUAUAACGACUACAGUGCAGAGCCGCCGUCAGAACAAUUGAUACAGUCCUGGUUGAACGCUGCGACAUGCGCCUGCAGUUGGUUGACGCUAGGCGGUGAAGACGCGAUUGAUGCUGACGCGGGCGCGGGGAAUCUAGCCGAUCGCAUGCCUCUAUGUCGAGCGCUGUUGAGUGUCGUGCAUCUAUUAUACACAAGCAACGAGUGCGUGAGCGACAGCGCCCUGGACGCUUGUGAGAUGUGCUUAGCGGCACUGCGAGCGGCCGGCGGCGGACCCGAAGCGUCUCGAUACGCUCAUUCCGCGUUACAACUGAUAUCUGAACUAACAGCGCUCGCGGCACCUAUCAUGCAGCGGGACAACGUGCCCAAUUCUAUCAACGAGGAGUUGUUAUCGGCACUGAUAACGUGCUGCGUCGCAUUGGGGGAGUGUCAUUCGCGCGCCUUAGUCCAAGCGAUGGAAGGGAUUGGCGGUAUGGAAGCGCAACAGGAAGGCGCACGGCAAAUGAUAGAACUGUUACUGGCUGCUCAGGCGGCGCCUGGGUAUUACCCGCUGCACGAGACCAGGUCCAACCUGGUGUUCGGCUUCUGGUAUACGCUGCAGGAUGAAAUUUUAAAUGUAAUGGUAGACACAGAGAAGAUGAAUCCGAUAUGGCAAACGGUGUUCACGCGAUUGCUCGACGCGUUGGUAUGCAAAUCCGAAGCGGCCGAAGAACAAGCAAUGUCCACAGACGACUUGGAGCUGUUACGGUGCUACAGACAAGACGUAGCUGAUACUGUGAUGUACUGCUUCGGUGUGCUGGGCGAGUGGUGUUGGUCCCGCGUGGCGGCCGCGUACGAGGGCGCGCGGGACAACGAGCCGCGAAGAGAGGCCGCGCUACACGUGUUCCUGUCUCUGGCCGACGCCGCGCCGCAUCAGCGCGCGCCCGCCGGCCUGCUGCCGCUGCUGCAGCACGCCGUCGCCGCCACGCACGCCGCGCGCUCGCUGCGCACGCUCAACACCGCGCUCGACUGCCUCGGUAGCUACGCGUCAUGGCUGGGGUCGCUAGAAGGCGGAGGGUGCGUCCUAGCAGCGGAGUUGGUCCGCGGCGCGGGCGGCGCUCUAGCCCGCAGCCCCGCACCGGCCGCGCUGGCGCUGCGCAAGCUAUGCGCCGACUGCGCCGCACCCGCCGCCAGCGUGGCGCCCGACAUCGUGCAUAUAGCGCGCGUACACCUACAGAACGAGUCGGGUAAGCGCGACGUGUGGGUGAUGCGACAGUUAGUGGGCGCGGCGGGUGCGGCCCUAGCAGCAGCGGAACCCGCCUCCGCUUCCGCUCUGCUCGCUCAACUCGACACGGCGCUUAACCAACGGCUCCAGGCACAGUCAUUAGAACCGCUCCAAUCGACGGGUGCGGGCGAGUGCGCAGCGACAUUACUGGGCGCGUUACAAUCGCGGCCGCAGCUCGCCGACCAACUGUUCCGCACGCUGCUGCCCUCCUUGCCGGCGCUGGCGCAACAACCUGCGCUGGUUGAGCCAAUGUUCCAGAUCUUAAAACAAGCAGUGUCAAGUCUGGUGGACGAUUGUAAACCACACAUAGGUGACAUUGCGCAACUGAUGAUAACUGGAUUCGACCACAAACCAUGCCCGGCGGGUUUGGAUGUCGUUAAACUUAUAGUAUUGGUGCUGGGUGGUGAAUGGUCCGAAUGCGGGCGAUUAGUGCACGCGUGUGUGUGUCGCACCGCGCGAGCUGUGGCGCCCGACCCCACCGCCGCGCCUGAACUCACCGAGGCGCUGUUCUCUCUACUACACGCGCUAACCAAGAAGAAGCCACAACAUCUAGACUGGAUCGAGGACUUACUGCCCGAGCUCGUGGACUUGGGAUGCACCUGCGUCCGCAUGUGGGAGGCGAGCGCGGCCCGCUCCGCUUGUGGCUGGCUGUCAUCACUGGCGGUCGCCGCGCCCCGCGCUCUGCAACAAUCCGCGCCCGCGCUCACUGCUGCCGUACUGCGGUGUAUAGGUGGCGUUACUCCCCGGAGCCACAUCGAGCCUCUAGCAGAGUUAUUGUUGGCGUUGAACCGCGCACAAUGGCCGCAAGGGACCGGCCUAGCGGAGUGGUUGCCUAGUGCGUUGUCUACAAGAGACUUUCCCACUCAACACGCCACUGACGCGCACAAACGGAAGUUCAUCGCGGCCGUUAUCAAAGAGAAGAGCAGCAAAAGGAGAUUAUUAGAACAUGUCCAGGAAUUCUCGUUGGUGUGUCGAGGGCUCAUAGGUACAGAAUACGCGCGACAAACGCUCGCUUCAAAGCAGCUAGUGACCUAAAGAUACAGCACAUUUGAGAUAUUAGUGAUGGUAGGAAGUUUUUUAAUGUGACCUAUGUGUUUGCGACUGUUAAUAGGAAAGAAAUAUGGUUCCUAAUUUAUCAAAAAAUUAAUUCCUUUAUAUGUGUUACUUUGUUUUUGAGUAGAGCAAUUCUGACAUGUUGAAUAACUUUUCAGUUUUCAUCUUUUAGAGCCUGCGCUGCGUUUAGACCGGACCGUGCUCCCGCUAAACGUAGCGGGAGCACGGUCCGGUCCGCGUGCAGUUUUUGUAAUUUCAUAGUACAGCGCCGCGCGGGAAACCAGCUUCACGCAACGCUGCUCUAUAAAAUAACAUGAAACAAAUUCGCGGAGCGAACUCUUGCUCCGUGCUCCCGCUUCACUUUACUGUUUACUUUGUUUUUAAGAAGAGCAAUUCUGACAUGAUGAAUAACUUUUCAGUGUUCGUCUUUUAGCGCCUGCACUGGGUUAAGCGGAAGCACGGAGCGGACCGCUCCGUACUCCCGCUUAACUAUACUGUGUUUAUUUUGUUUUUGAGAAGAGCAAUUAUGACAUGUUGAAUAAGUUUUCAGUGUCCGUCUUUUGGCCAGUUGCAAUAGUCAAACUCCACACGAGAUAGGCCUAUUAGAGCUGUUGCCUAUAUAUUUUUAUUAUUAAAAAUAUAAUAAAAAUUUUGUUAAUUAAGGGAAUCAGGUUAUCCUUACCUUUUCAGACUUCUUUUUUUGUAACGCAGGCAAAACCUCUGUUUACAUACGACGGCACCUUUAAGAGGCACACCGCCGAACGGACCUCACACCCUGCACCCGCAAACGUCACGGGCAUGAUGGGGCUAAUCCCCAAAGUAACCCGCGCCAUUUACGAGCAUGCUUAACGGCGUACUAUCCGCUAAAAAUCCUGCGAAAUACCCUCUAAGCUGCUUUGUGCGAAGUCGCGGGAUCCCCGUUUAGGGAUUCUUCCGCGUUUUACCUUUUUAAGACCUGGAAAUUGAUUAUUGAUACUGGCCAUUAGAGACUGAAAUCUCGAUUUAAAACAAAAAUCGACAAAUACAAAGUUAUUUGAUUUACUGUAAUAAAAAAAAGUUUUUCAUACAACUCGUAUCGAUCUGAUUUCAAUGAAUUCAUAUCGCUUCUAUUAUUUAUCAAUCAAAUUUAAACUACUUUAUAACAAUGUAGUCUUAUUAGAUAUUGUAUAUAGAUGAACAUACAAAACUUUUGUGUAAAUAUUACUAGGUACUAGUAAGUUAUUAUAAAAAUAUGAAAUAAAAAUAAACAUGAAGAAUAUAUUUUUGUCUUUGUUUAUUUAUAAAAGUACAUUGAAUAUUAUAUAAUAAGUAUAUUUACGAUUUCAACAAUGCAUUCCUUAUAUAAAAUAUUUCUCAAGUAGAUUUGGAAAGAUCAUAUUUUACUAUGACGUAGUCUCUUAUGCAAUUUACUUUGUACAAAACGAACGAAACACUUGUUUUAUAGAAAACCCAGUUGUCGUGGAGCCUUACGUUCUAAAUCACUACAAAUGGCAGUGAAUGACGAACAAUUAAUCUGUGCCAAAUAUGACACAUAUCUAUUGCUUCUCGUCUAAAUCGACGGUAUUUUGAUUAGGCGCCAGAACCAUCCAGUAGACGGUUCACGUUAUGUUUCUGAUGAUGGAAAAAUAUAAAUCUGCUAACGGUUUGCAUGGUGUGGGGUUAGACGUACAAAGGGAUAGAAAAUAGAAAAAAAAAUCAAGCUCGUCAGACAUUGAGGAGGGAUGUAACGUGAACCCUCCAGAAGCUCCUAAUCAAAGACUGACGAUUUAGACGCAACCAAAAGUCACGGCCAAUUGUUGAUUUUUAUUUUUUGCUGUCCUAGACGUUCGAUCCUAUAUUAAGGGCUCAAGGUACUUCACAAGGUGAAAGGUUGCCCCCCUUAUGUUAUUCUGUCGCGUUUGGGUAAAUCCCAAAAUCCCCGCUUUAGCUCCUCUAGUACAAAGAAUAUAGUUUAAAUUUAUGAUAUUCACUGCAAUUGCACACUGGUUCUUGUACAAUAUAAAUAUAUGCCACACCGAAAGAGAUCACCGACAUAUUUUUUCGUGUUACUUAAUAUUGCCCUACAUUCGACAAUGUUGAUCUAUCUAACAACCUUAUGUAGAGUAUCUCUGUUUUAAUAAUGAAAAAUGAUAGGUAUAUAUUAUACUGAAACGCAUGUUGAAAGAGAUUUACGAAUUACUUUUUUUUAUAUUUUGUACAAGUUUUAAAUAAAAAAAAAAUCUAUCUAUCCUUUGUUCAGUUCAUAGGGACCGAAAGAGAGGUUCUGUACUUAAGCGAGUGAGCAACAAAGUCGACUGUCGAAUAAAACUUAAACUAAAUAAAACUUAUUAUGUGCAUAAUUAUAUAAAAUGAUAAAAUCUAGGUUAACUAAAAAUAUACAAGAUUAACUCCACGACCAAAAAUAAAGUAACUAAAUGAACAUAUAUACAAUUGUCGUUUUACGUAAUGCCGGCUCUCCACUUGGCUAUUCGUGUUUGCUAAUUGUAAACUUUGAUGUCAAGUUCUGUCCUUUUCAUUCCUUAUAAAGCAUGAUAAGGUCAAACUGUUGUCAAAGUUUACACAUAGCAAAUACGAAUAGCUAAGUGAAGUGCCGGCAUAACAAACAAAGUGCGAUUACACACUUUAUGAACUUGUCAAGUCAUCAUAUAACAGCGAAGGAUAAGAAGAGAACAAUCGAAUUUUAAAUCAAAUUUAGAGUUAUAAACACUAUUCCUAUACUUAUAUACAAUAAUUAAGAUAAAAUAUUGUUAAUGAAAUUAUAAAAACGAUCAAUAACUUUUACACAAUGCGAGCGAUAUCACACGAAUUUCUCUCUACGCAUAAUUCGCCUUCGAUGUUGUUUAACAGCUGUCUGAUGCUAGCACUGCACAUGACUAUUCGUAUAAAUUUGAUAUUUGUCAUUUUGUGCAACAGUACAUUCUUAUCGCAAAUUCUUUAGCCGGCAUUACAGGAAUAUAUAUAUAUAGUUUUUUUUCGAAGUUCUCCAAUUUUCGGCCUCUCCAUCAUUAUUGUAUUUUGAUAAUUUAAAACAAAUAGUUGCAUAUAUUUCGUUUUUAUACCGACGGUAUCAGCUGAUUCGUCGUGUGACUCUGCGUUACAACCAUAGAGGUAUAAGAAUAGAGUGGGGAAGGCGGCUCUUAAAAGUGUCUGUCUAGUAGAAAGAAAAAGAUGAGAGACCGCUGGCUAUCUCUCUCUCUCUCUCUCUCUUGUGACGCAUUGCAUCCAAUGGUAAGUAAGAUAUUUAUGGUUGCCAAUGCGCAUGCGCGAUUAGAGAGAGAGAAAGCUAGCGGUCUAGUAGAAAGAAAAAGAAGAUGAGAGACCGCUGGCUAUCUCUCUCUCUCUUGUGACGCAUGGCAUCCAAUGGUAAGUAAGAUACUUAUGGUUGCCAAUGCGCAUGCGCGAUUAGAGAUAGAGAAAGCUAGCGGUCUCAUAUUCUUUCUCUUUCUAUUAGAGGGACACUUUCACUUGUAGUAGAGUCUAUAUCUCCCCUACUCUAUUCUUAUACCUCUAUGGUUACAACGGUCGCACGGACUUCGGUCGGUAUGCGACAAGUUCGAUCGUGAAUGGAUUGGUCGAAGGUCGUGUCGCCGCCAGUGCGUUGAAAUACUUAUCGAACCGUGGUUCGAUCUCCGGUCUGAGCCACUGUUUAACCGGGAAUGGCCCCUUUAAACAAUAAAAGUCGUGGGACGCCGCUCGCUCGCUCUAAGAGCAUUAACAAACUUAUUCUACUUAAUUACUAAAAAACACAGAUUAAAACAAAAAGGAAAGGCACUCACGGCUCAAAAGUGUACCGCACAAUUCGCUUUAUUCACAAUUUCACAUCCAAACACGGUGCAUGUGCACUAAAUAUAACAAUAUUGCGUAUAUUCUGUGUUAUACAGACAAAAAAUAUCCUUUGAUGCUUUUAAAAAAAAAUCGCAAAUAGCAAGAUCAAUUAAUAAAUUCCACGGCAACACUUUUCGCCAUUUCUUAUCAAGAAAAGCACAACAAUACAGCUCAGCCAUCUGUAGAGAGAGAAAAGAAAACGCAGUUGGUUGCCAACGUACUCGCCGUUUCGCUCGCGAUGCGAUGAAGCGUACAGUUGAUGACAUUUCGCGCACGCUUACUAUUCGAAUUCGAUAUUGAUUCGUUAGUAAAGUUCUAAAGGUACAGUUCUGUCUCGCUCGCUCGAUUGAAUAUUUAUUUACAGAAGUGUGCGUGUGUGAGAGUUGCUUAUGUGGUUGAGGCAAAGUAUCUUUUAUUUGAUGCUAGUAUGAGCGUACCGUAUCUUUCCUUUUUGUUAUAAUCUAAGCUGAAAAACAAAUGAACAGGUACAGAAUUUCACGUUCAACUUUCGUGCAUGAUUUCACAAAAUUCCUCAAUAAAAUUAAUAUAAAUUCAUUGAUCACAUGAUUAAGAUCAUCAUAGUAGCUUCAACUACAACUUGUUUGAAAGCUAUGAAGGAAGAUAAACAAAAUUAUUAUAUGAUAAACUUAGUGUCUCUAUCAUCUAAAAUAAACUACAAUUAUAUUUGCAAUGUUUGUUAAACGGUCAAAGUGUGUGAAAAGAUUUUUUUUAUUUAUUUAAUAAACUCAAAAACGCUUCAUAAUAUUUUAAGGACAUACUGCUCAGAGAGAACACGACCAGCAUGACACUUUUAACAUGAUUUUGAUUCCACUGUAUGAUUUCAUGGCGAAAGUCAAAAGAGUUAAACCUAAUUAUUUUUUAUCUUACUAUAUAAUAUUUUAACUUUCAAAUUAUAAACAAGAUCUUUUCAGGGAAAAUUUGUUCGAUACAUGGUGUGAUAUAACUCCAAAUUUUUAAUGAAAUUUCCAACAUUAUAAUGCAAAUUGGAUAAAACAAGAACACUUUAAACAUGGCUGAAUGGAAAAUCCUUUUUUUGUCUUUCCACUAUAUUUUAUAAUCACGAAAUUUGACAUAAUAUUUCUUAUUGGUUAGUUUAAUUUGUACGCAGAUAUUUAUUUACUGCAACACCUCUUUUAUGAGUGUACUCCAUCGUCUCUUGAACUUGGUACGUCACGCCAUUCGCACCGCCUUGGAGAGGCGUCGUUUUGCCAAGUUCGUUAUGAACACUUAAUCAGGAAUCCGAGACGUCCCGAGUCUCCGUUUCGCUCUUAGGUAAUACUUGUCUUGUCUUCCCAGUAUAUUAGUUUCAAUUUUAAAAUUUGACAAUAAUAUUUCUUAGCGAUUAGUUUAAUUUGUACACAGAUUGAAUUCACUGCAACACCUCCUUUAUAAGUGUACUCCAUCGUCUCUUGAACUUGGUACGUCGCGCCAUUCGCACCGCCUUGGCGAGGCGUCGUUUUACCAGGUUCGUUAUGAACACGAAUCAGGAAUCCGAGUCGUCUCGUGUCUCCGCUUCGCUCUUAGUAAUCUCUACAUUGAAGUCCAGGAACUUGUCUGGCUCGCAAUGCCUAUUCUUGACUCUCAGGAAGUUCAGCGCCUGGUCUAUGGUCAAAUGAAAGCAAUCUUGCCGGCUCACGUUCAACGAGCAACUCUCCAAGUCGCUGUGCGUCGCCCUGGCGUAGACUAGCUUUCUAGAGUUGUGUUGGCCUACAACAGACACCUGCGAAAAAACACGAUUGUAGUAAGACUACGAAUUUUUCAACAAUCAAAAUCAGCUUUUGACUUCUCUAUUGAAAUGUAACCCGUUUCUACGAAACCCAAUUUUGAUUUUUAAAACCUCGUAUAACACAGCGUAGUGGUAGUGAAACGAAGUUUGACGGUUAUAUCUUAAAACUAUGAUAGUGCAGCAAAAUCAGCAAAUCUAAUGGGUUUUUUUGCUCGAUAAGACCAUAUCGUCGUUGCGACUUCAAGACCUCCUAUGUGUCAUUUUUGUCGAAAUACCUUUUUUAUACGGGUAUGACUAUAAACUCACUUUAUUUUAAUAAAACCACUACUUUAACCGAAACUAUGUAUUUUCCAACGAACUGACAACUAACAACAACGUAACUAGAGAAACGACGCCAUUGAGGAGUUUUCAAUACUUUGUAAAUUUAACAUCAACUAUACCAUGGAGUAUGGUUAUACAAAAUAUCUCAUGCAAACAUACGUUAAAUAUAUAAACUUUAAAAUAUUUAAAUAAAUAGAUAAAUCAAUUCCAACAUCCUCCGCCGCCAAGGAUAUGCUUAUCCUUGUGAAUCUCAAACUUCAACCAGGAACACAGCUUAGAGACUUAGGAUAAGUACGAAUAUCUGGUAAGUUACCCAUGAUUUGGUUACUAUUUGCAGAAUUUUAUAUCUCGACUUUUUUUCGUUGUCGAUUUUUUUUUUAUUAUUUGAUCACCAUUAAUAAUCCAGUUUUUAUUUUGCAGGUAUGCAGUCAUUAGUCGAGGACCUCCUUGCAGCGUUGCUUUAUGCGCGUCAUCCAACAAAAGUGUAACUAGUGGACAAUCUUUGUUAAGUAUUAUUGGAUAUUUUCUUUAUUGUUUCAGGUUUGCAUGUUUUAAGCGCCCACCAACUCUCAGAACCUCAUUCUCAUCCAGGUAAGGAUAUAGUGGUAGUAACCGACUGUUUCUCUUAAUAUUUCUAUUUUUUCUCAAACAAUCUUUUUCUUCUGAAAAAUCUAUCUCUUGGGCUAUCUUAAUACAUGAUAUAAGCGCCUCUUCUUUUUCAUUAGUAUCAAUGGUUUUAUGCAAUAUUUUUUCCUUUUUCAGUUUUCUCAACCAUCGACGACAGUAAGCUAUAACAUUUAAUAGUUUUUUAAGCGAUGAAUACUUCUUAAUUAGUAUAAGUUUAUCAUUUUCAUUCUCUUUAAUAACAUUGGUAAGUAUACAUUUUACAUUUGCUCGUUUCUCUAUCUCUGUAUCAGGAAUAAUUUCUUUACUCAUCAUAAAAUCUGAAUGUAACCAUAUUCUGGACCAUGCCACCAUAAAUCACAUUCUUUGAGUUUGCUAGGCAAAAUUCCUCUUGAUGCUGGAUCUGCUGGAUUCUCUUUGCUUUUAAUGUAAAGCCACUGUGACUCUAAAUUAUUUCUUAUUUCAAUGACUCUAUUUUUAACAAAUGGUGACCAUCUAUUCGGAUCGCCCUUUAUCCAUGCUAAAACCACUUUAGAAUCUGUCCAAGCAAAUGUUUUUCUAUAACUUACUGCAAGUACUGCACAUGCUUUAACAGCUUACUCAACAACGUGGCUGCACACAAUUCAAGUCUUGGUAAAGACACUUGCUUGACAGGCGCCACCUUUGUUUUAGAUAUGAUUAAACUGACUCUAUAAUCUCUGCCAUGUUUGUUCAGUACUCUGAUAUAGACUACGGCAGCGUAGCCCACUUGAGAUGCGUCUGAGAAGCCAUGUAACUCUAUCUCAGCUUCUGUACUAACAUCCUGUCCAUCUUGGAAUUUGUAUAUCUUCGAGCACAGUUAAGUCUUCUUUAUAUUUAUACCAUUCUUUUUUCAGGUCAUCAGAAAGUUCUUCAUCCCAGUCAAUCUUUCUGAGCCAUAACUUUUGCAUAAAUAUUUUACCUAAUAUUAUCGAAGGAGAAAUCCACCCCAUCGGGUCAAAUAGUGAAGCUAUUUGGCGAAGUACGCUUCGCUUGGUAAGUCGUUGACAAUUUUCGUGUUUCAGAUAUUUCUGUGCUAUUUUCAAGAUAUCUUCUACUGGAUUCCAUAAAAUACAAUACAUCGUCCAUGUAAAAAUCUUCACAUACUAAUUUCGAUGCUAUUGGAUACUGCGCACCUUCAUCUUUAGCUAGCUGUCUUAAUGUUUUUAUUGCUAAGUAAGGAGCAAAGGCAAUGCCAAAAGUGACAGUAAGUAAUUUAUAUGUUUUUACCUCUUCAUUAAGAUCAAAUCUGUAUAAUAUUCUUUGAUAGUUUGUGUCCUUUUCAAAAACUCGUAUCUGGCGAUACAUUUUUAUGAGAUCUCCUAUAAAACAAAUUUUAUAAGUCCUCCUCAGCAUCAAAUACUACUCGCACCUUCGAAGUUUGUUUAUCUUCCCUCACGACCGCGUGAUGCGGUAAGUAGACUGUAUCUUCCUCAUUAUUACAUGUUACUAACUCCAUAUGAUUUAAGGUUAUAUAUUCUCGAAGUACCUUAUCAUAUUCUCUCUUUAAAUUCUCAUUUGUACUCAAUCUUUUCUCUAAGCACUUUAAUCUUCUCAUUGCUAUGGCUUUCGAAUUCUCAGGUAAGAUUGGUACAUCUCUUGCAAACGGUAAGGCGACAGUAUAUCUACCUUCUUUAUCUCUUGCUACCGUUUUAUCAUAAAUCUCUUCAGCUCUUUCUUCUUCUAAAGUUAAUGCAUUUUUAUUCUUACUCUCAAAUGAUUCGCAUUCCCAAAAUCUUUGUAGCAUGUUAUCUAAUGAAACACUCAAGUGCAUGCUAAUAAUAUGACCAUUGCUUGGUAUUCUUUCAACUGAAUCACCACCAGAGAUUAUCCAUUCGAAACUUGUUUGCUGGGCGAUGGGUUCUCCUGGGUUUCUCUUAAUAACUCCAUUCAUUAAUAUGUCUGCAUACACAUGUACACCAAGCAAUAGAUCUAUCUCACUAGGCUCAUGGAAUGUUGGAUCUGCGAGUUCUAUAUUUUUAAAGUGAGUCCAUUGCUCAUAGUUUAUUUUUGCAGCUGGUAUUAUGUCUGUCACGUUCUUCACAACAUAAGCAGUGCAUUUUAUUUUAAACUCUUUAUUUACUCUCGAUGACAACUGCAACUCCGCCGCAUGAUAGAACGGGGUUGAUAUUUGUCCCACUGCUGAUACUUGUCCUUUUUUAUCUAUGCAUCUUAUUUGUAGUUUUUUUACAACUGAUUCACUUAUAAACGAUUCUUCAGAGCAGGGAUCUAUUAGAGCUCGUACAAUUUGCUGACUUCUGCCUGUCUCAAUAUGAUCUAAUGCAGUUGCUAAUAAUGACACUCGACCUCGCGUAGACAAAACAUUCUGACUUAUUGGUUGUUCGUCUAUAUUUCUCAUUUCUCUCGUGGUACUAUUAAUCUCUAGUUCCGGUUUCUCUAAAUGUAGUAGUAUAUUAUGUUUCCGCUUACAAAUAUUACAUCUUAUUUUAACUCGACAAAAUCUUACACUAUGCCCAGGUCGCAAACAAUUAAAACAUAAUCUCUCAUUUUUUGCAUACUCUGUUCUCUUUGUUGCAUCUAGGUUAGCAAAUUCUUUACAGUUACUUGUGUAAUGAUUUUGUUUACAGUAUGAACAUUUAAUAUUAGGUUCCGAAUUUUCUUUAGUAUUGUGAUUCUUUGAAGUUGUGACAAAUGACCUUGAUUUGAUAGUGUCUUUUUCUCUUGCAUGUGAAGUUUGCAUCAUCUCUGUAACUCUAAAUCUUCCUUCUAAAAAUUUUGUAAAUUUUUCUAAACUAGGCAGCUCUUCAACAGCUAAGUUUUGUAACUCUUCUUCCCACAACUUAUGUGAACCUUGAUCCAACUUAUUUAUAAUGAUGUAAAUGAUCAAAGGAUCCCAAUUAUCAGUUUUAACAUCAUUAUUUCUCAAACUGUUCAAACACUCAUUUGUUGUGUCUAAGAGAUCUUUUAUUCCCUUCGCUGUUUCAGAAUAUAACUUUCUUUGGCCUAGUAAUCUAUUCAGGAUUGAAUUUACUAUUAUUCUAUUAUUAUUGUAUCUGUGGUGUAAUGUAGACCACGCCGUUUCAUAAUUCUUCUCUGUGAUUUGAAUGUGCUUUAGAAGAAGCUCUGGUUCACCACUCACACUGCUUUUCAAAUAAUGUAAUUUUUAUACAUUACUUAAUGUCUUAUUGUUAUGAAUUAAUGAUACAUAUAAAUCUUUGAAAGUAACCCAUUCAUUAUAAUCUCCUUUGAAAUUGGGUAUAUUAAUCUUAGGCAAUUUCACUUCCUGAGAAUUCUUUUCCAAUGGAAUUUGCUGAUCAUUCUUCACAUUUUUAAAUUUCAUACUAUCUAACAACUCCGUCAUAUCUGACUUACUUAAAAGACACUCGUCUUCACAUGUAGAAUAGAAGUCAUUUUCAAAGUACUCGUGUAUCUGUCUUUGCUCGGAUGUAGAUUGUUUAACAAUAUCUCCAUGUGUUUCACAAAAAUCCUGCCAAUGUUUAUCCAAACUUUGUAAUCUUACUUCAAUAUAACUCUUUGUCAAUCUAGGUUUUGGCGAUUUUUUGAAAUUAGCUACAGCCUUUCGUAUAAGUGCAAAGUUAUUUUCCUGUAGUACUAUAAGUUCUUGCAUCAUGUAAUUGUUACUUUAUUUUAAGAAAAAGUUAAAUUUCAAAUCGUCCAAUAUUUGGUGUUUUUAAACUACCAUAAUUUUUCAUGUUUUUUCAUAAUAAUGAUUAAAAGUCUUUCAAUCACUCAAUUCAAUAUUAAAUUAUUAUAAUUCUUUUGUAAACACAGUUAAUAAGUCUUUAGAAACACAAAUACGGAAGAUAAUAUUCUUAUUUUUACGGUCUUACUCAAUUCCAGUUUGAAAUGUCAAACACCAUCACUAUCACAAAUUAUUUUUCUCACUACUAAAUUUUCAUCUUAUUACUUAAACUUUCUUUUUUUCUAUCUGGCUCGAUUUGGACCAAAUUGUAGACUAUAAACUCACUUUAUUUUAAUAAAACCACUACUUUAACCGAAACUAUGUAUUUUCCAACGAACUGACAACUAACAACAACGUAAUUAGAGAAACGACGACAUUGAGGAGUUUUCAAUGCUUUGUAAAUUUAACAUCAACUAUACCAUGGAUUAUGGUUAUACAAAAUAUCUCAUGCAAACAUACGUUAAAUAUAUAAACUUUAAAAUAUUUAAAUAAAUAGAUAAAUCAACUCCAACACGGGUUUAUUUCAAAUUUUGGCGCUACAUCGAAAGCAAGAACUAUAAGUCUUUUCAAUUUCUAUUUAUUUACUUUAUUCAAUAUAUCUUAAAUGCUUGCUCAAGUAAAGUUGGCAUUUAAAAUAUCUUAUGCGUAAAAGCGUUAGAUAGGAAAAAAUUGUUAUUGGUCAAAUUUUCAAACUAACUAACCAAUAGAAGCACUGGAAUGAGAGGGAUGCAUAGGUCGCGUGAUUAUUUUCCGAUUGUAGGUGUUAGAUGGGGGUAGAAAUAUAAAAAUUACGUUAGCUUCGACGGGUUCUCACUCUGUGGUUAUAACAGUCGAUGUGCAAAGUGUAUUGCUUGCUCCAAAGCUAUUGGCAAGUGCCCUGUUCUAUAAAUUGAAGUUACAAUGUCAUAAUUUCACUGUUUAUGAUGUUUUAUCUAAAAAUGUAUCAAUUUACUGCGGGCACAAAGCAGACGGUAAUGUAACUGCUAAUGAAUUUACAUCUUGCUUAAUAGGCCAUUGUUAAAAUUUACCAACUACGAUUGAGUGUAUUAUUAUUUUUAUGUUUGUAGAACAGAAACCGAAUUACGUCGACUGCCCUAAGUUAUUUGGCACAACAAAGGCAAUUGAAUAUCGAACAACUCUAUUUAGAGAAAGGGCAUCAAUUAUCUGCUCCUUAGUCCGGGUGUCUUUGGGUAUGCAGACGACAGCACAGUCUCGGAGAGAUACCUGCCUGAUGUGAAGUCUGAUGCAGACGUCCGAUCUUUAAGGGAGGCGAUGGUGGAGGGAGUGAAUGCAACCCUGGAAGCUGUUUCCCACUGGGGUGAAGCCAACUUGGUUGGAAUCAAUCCCUCUAAAACACAGGCCUGUCUCUUCUCGGCGAAACGGAGUCCAUUCCAUCUGACUCCGACUUUCCGAAAUGUGUCGGUUACAGACCAUCUCGAGCUCUUAGGUCUGGACAUCUCAUUCAGCCUCAAUUUCGGUCGCUACAUCGAGUCCAUUGCUAAAACCGCUGCCAAUAAACUUGGAAUACUUUCUAAGGUCAGGCGAUAUUUUACAUCUGAGUAGCUCCUUAACCUUUACCGAGCCCAAGUUCGCUUGGAGUACUGUUGUCACCUUUGGAAUGGAUCUGCUCGGUAUCAGCUGGAUGCACAGGACUCGGUGGAAUACCAUGAGAAGAGACUCAUAGGCAAUGACGCUCUCGUUGAGGCUAAUCUCCAGAGCCUUGACCACCGAAAACGUGUAGCUUGCCUCUCGGUGUUUUAUCGGUUACAUUUCAGAGAGUGUGCGGAGGUACUACUCAAUUUGAUUCCCCCUUCCCCUUUCCACCACCGGAGGACCAGGCGCGGCGAGGGCUUUUACCCUUAUGUUGUCCAAGUUCCUCCCAUUCGCACGAAGCGAUUUACCUCCGCUUUCAUUAUGCGAAGGGCUAGGGAGUGAAACUCCUUACCGAGGUCUGUUUUCCCGGACCAAUAUAAUCUGGACAUCUUCAAGGCCAGAGUGAACAGGCAUCUUCUAGGCAGGCGUGUACCAUCCUAGGCCUCAUCAUCGCUUUCCAUCAGGCGAGAUUUUGGUCAACGCCUUUCCUAUUAAACAUAAAAAAGGGCACACCAUGAUGGAGGUGGACAGUGUUCACUCCACUAUUGAGCAAUACAUAAAACCACUAUUAUAUACUAUUGUCAUUGCAAUGAUAAAUUUUAAAAACAAAUAACUUGUAUAAUUAAAUGUCAUGUGUUUUGAAUCUCAAUCCCUUUUACAUACUUAUAUUCUCUAAUGUGAUACAAAACGCGCAACCAAAACCUCUUAUGUGUCACAUGGAAUUGUCUUUUAUUUUUUUACUACAAUUUCGAUUAUUAUUUAAAAUGACAAGAGCAAAAUAAAAAUCAUAAAACCCUCUAUUUAUCACUUGUAUUUUUUGUUAUAUUUAGUUUCCUUAUAUUUUUUUCAGUAGACAGUUUUUAUUGAAUAUCUCGCAAUGAAGAAUUUUACAGGUCUUAAAGUCGUAACGACGAUAUAAGAUAUAGAUGUACCUCGUAUAUAAAGUUCUUGGCGUUGCACUUGGGCCCGAUGUAGGUGACGUAUACGAUAACGCCCCACGUGCGAAUGUCCACAUCCACCCGUAGAGAGAAGUAUUCGUGUAACGCGGCGAUCACCCAAGUGUCGUGUUGUUCCGAGUUCACCUUCAUAGAGAACUUGUGCUUGCGCCCGAUCUUCAGCAUCGGCAUGUGCUUACUCUGUCAUGGAAGUUACGUAAAUUUCAGUAUUAUUUAUAAUUAAAAGGCAAGCAGUUACUGGUAUCUAUUUAUGCAGGAUUAUUUUACCAAAUUAAACAUCACUAUCUUCUUGUGUUACCUGCAAGUGUUGCGCCAGCUGGUCGCGCGGCAGGGGUGGGCACUCGGCGCAGGCAAGGGCGGGGCGGGGCGGGUACCUUCAAGUGUUGCGCAAGCUGGUCGCGCGGCAGGGGCGCGGCGGGACGGGUACCUGCAAGUGUUGCGCAAGUUGGUCGCGCGGCAGGGGCGGGGCGGGGCGGGUACCUGCAAGUGUUGCGCAAGCUGGUCGCGCGGCAGGGGCGGGGCGGGUACCUGCAAAUGUUGCGCCAGCUGGUCACGCGGCAGGGGCGGGCGCUCGGCGCAGGCAGGGGCGGGGCAGGCAUAUCGUCGCGCCCCGCAGCUCGCCUCGUGCGCGUUUCGUCUACGCAGGCGCACCUCGCGCCCGCACAUGUGCCGGCACGGGUAGCGCACCAUCUCUGCCACC